AUGGGAUUUUUAUCAGGUCACACUAGAAAAAGACUCAUAAGAACAAUUUCGCCAAGGAAAAACACGGCAAGCUCGACUUUUAACGAUGUCCCGAGAGGCCAUUUUCCGGUUUACGUAGGCGAAAACUUGCAAAGACGGUUUGUGAUCCCAAUAUGUUAUCUUAAUCACCCAUUGUUUAGAGAGCUUUUGCGUUUGGCCGAAGAAGAAUUCGGAUACGAACAUCCGAUUAACGGAGGGCUAACGAUACCGUGCAGUGAGGAUUACUUCUUAAACCUCACAUCACAACUCAGGUCUUGGCAAAUGACAGAGUCCUUCUGA